AUCGAAAUCCAACGUGCCCGAAAUUUGAACUUCAUUCAUUAUUGGCUUUCAUUCUGGAAUGGGAAUUCCUUUCUUUUGAGCUAAGAUCCUGUGUACUGGAGACAUUAGUGGAUCUUGUCUGGAUACCAUUCCGAUCUCAUAGUAAGAUCUUCCCGAAACAGCAAGAGUGCCAAGCUAGAAAUGUCGCGAAACAGUAAUACCAACCGCAACGCCACGAAAUCGUCGCCCUUGAGCACACUGGAGCAGAAUCCUUUCGUUCAAAAAUCCAAAGAGAGGCUGAAUGUGUACAAGAGUCAGCUGGAUAAGUGGCUGCGCUCCGAGGAGAAUUUCAUCGCCCCUUAUUUAACGAUUGUGGAGCAGAAGACCAAUAUCCCUCGAAGUGCCAUUUUCCUAGUUGUUGUGGGCAUAAUCACCCUCUAUCUGCUGUUUGGAGCUCAUGCCGGGUUUUUGAGCCAUCUGAUCACUUUCGUCUACCCCGCUUUGGGAAGUCUUCGUGCACUGGAAACUCAACGCAAAGACGAUGACAAAAAGUGGCUGACAUAUUGGGUUGUUUUCGGCUUCUUGGGAUUGUUUGAACAUUUUGGAGAAAGUGUGCUCUCUGUUCUUCCAUUCUAUUACGUACUUAAGACCGGAUUUCAGCUGUGGUUGUGUCUUCCUGGAGUGCAAAAUGGUAGCUUGAUCAUUUAUGAUCGGUUGUUGCGUCCAGUGGCCAAACGCGCGCUCCACAUCGACAUGCCUGCUACCGGAUCAGCUGCCGCUCAGUUUCAAGGACGCAUCAACAGCCAGGUAGAUCGGAUUAAUUCCCAGGUGGACAACGCUGCCAGUUACGUGAAAGAAACCACUACUCAGAUUCGGGACACCGUGAAUUCUAAAUUGGAGUAGACUCAUGCAUACCCGACAGUUUUGUGUUUUUUUUAACGUUUUAUUCAGUUAUUACUCAACCAUUUGGAAGGAUCAGCGUCUAAAACUUUGCAUUUGCAUGAAUCCAUAACAUCUUUUCGAGUUGCGUUUUAAAGCUACGUAAUUUUCGUCAUAUGUUUGAAUUGUUGUUAAUGCAGCCAAAUGCUUGGCGAAUUCUUUCUUUAAUGUUGGUUGUCUGAGUGAUUGCAACCGCUACGUUUCAUUAUCAGAAUAAAUUCAGUUUUAUACGG